AUGUCGGAUCCCUCCAAACUCUCGCAACAAGAGCUCGUCGACUACCUCGUGCAAGCCGUCGAGGAGGAGGAUGUCUUGUUCUGCGUCCUGUGGCUGCAGGAAAUGGCGCGUCGCGGGAUGGUCUGUUCUAGGGAGGGCGAGCUGAAGGCAGACGGGAUCAACCUCGAGCACUCCUGGAAGAAGCGCUCGGUACUCGUCACCGCCGUCAGCGGUCCUGCGACGCCAUUUCGCCACUUCAUCCUCACCCUCCUCCUCGUGCAUGUCCGCGACGUCAUGUCCUGCGCCGCCAUGACGGCUGCGAUCGCAUUGCGGGCUAUGUGGGCAAUCAGCGUUCUCACCAGCUGGCAGAGCCCGGCAGUUCAGGGGACUUCAAUCGUGCGAACGCCUCGCGAGCUCCUCGCCAUGUCCGCCACCGAGGCCGCCGACUGGAUCGACGCGAACCUCCCCGCUCAUCCUUCGCCAGAAUCUUUCACCGGCUGUGGUCCUCUUCCCGAUCCCCCUCAGCAGAACGAGGCGCAAUCGUCCUCCCUUACUCAAGCUUACUCAGCUCCUGCGGCUGCGGCUCUCCCGACCGUUCCGCCUGCAUCCACUGUCCCGCCGACCGCCAGCCUCGCCGACCGACGAGUCCGGCUCUGCGAGAUCCGCUCCUCCAUCAACAUCGGCAGGCUCUGCAACCUCCUGCCGCCCAUCGAAGGUCUCCGCGAGACAACACCUGCCGGCCGGAACGCCGCUGUCUUGACCUUCGACUCGCCGGAAUUGGCUCGCAAGGCGCUUCUUCCUUUGCAGGGUAGCGAGUACUUCCGCGCCGCCGUUCUCGAAUCGGUCUUUCAGGCAGCCUCGAAGCCCGACCCUUGCCCUCCGCCUGCGCCGUCCUCUCCAGCGACGACAGUCUCCCCGGUCCCUCCGCUCUCGUUGAAUUUGUUUGAUCACCUUCCGGCGGUCAACGUCGCAUCGGAAGCGUCUAGCUCGUCCGCGAAGCCAGCGCCCUCGACUCGCCUGCCUCCCAUCGGCUGGUCUCCGGCGAUCGCAAAGCAGGGCGACGGCAUGCGGGUACACAUUGGCGACCUGCCUGUCGACGUUACCCGCGAGGAGGUCGAGGCUCUGCUCGCCUUCGCCGGCGUGGCGUACUGGGCCCUCGACUUAAAGCGGCGCUGCAACCGAACAUCAGCGUACAUUAGGCUGUCGACAAGGGAGGAAUUUGCCCGCAUCUCGUCGGUCUUGCACAACUCGCACUUUCGUGGUCGCCGAGUCCGCGUCGAACGCGAGGCGCCCAGCCACAUCUCCGCCGAGCAUCCGCUUGUCGUCAUCCGCAACCUCCCUUCCCACAUGGGCUUACACGUCGUCCACAAUCUCGGUCGCUUGACGAGACUCGGCGCAUACGGCGAAGCGAUGCAACCUCUCGAGGAUGGCUCAGCAAUCGGACGCUUCCGCGUCUCGUCGCCAGUGACGGCGCAGGAGGCCGCCGACAUGCUCAACGGCAUGUUGAUCGACGGUCUGACCAUCAGUGCCGACUGGACGAACGGCGACGGAUCGGCGCCGAGUCGUGCGCCUCAAUCGACCGCCGACGCAGUGGGCGGACAGCUCGCCUCCUUCACGGCGACAGCGGCGAUCCCGAUCGAUGACCAGCCCGGGACGGCGACCAAUCCCCCGAUGCCUGCCCCCGACUACGCAGCUAUCGGUCGUGCGCCUGUCCACAUGCCCCCUUCGCCUCUUGCGACGCCUGCGCCAGAGACGCCAUUGCUCCCCGAACCUUUCGCCCUUCCCGCCUCCUCGUACUCCACUCCUGCGACAUUCGUUGCGAACGUCACGCCGCCCGUCUCGCCAGAGAUCGUCACGAAGGACUUGCCGCGCACGACGAGCGACUUGUGGGGUCAGGAAUUGCAGGGAAGGAGGAAGGCAAGUUCGGAUGGAGGCGGCGAGGAGAGGGCGGCGAAGCGGAGGAAGUGA